AUGCUGCCUGCAGUUCUUCAUAAUCACCACCUGAGGACGACAUCGAUAACUGCACUCCGCACUGCCAUCGCUGCACUGGACAUGGUCAUGCAGCACACAGUGCAGUGGGCUGAGUCCAGAUUGUCCAUGAUGUUAGUAGGCUUUAGAAGACAGCUUGCUUUCAUUUACAAGUUCUCUGAAAGCGGCCGCAACACAACUGCAAAGACAAGGGACGGGGAAGUGACAGUGAGUCUUCCUGUACCAAGUAAUCCGUCGACAAAGCGGUCAGUGGUCAGCAUAGCAGAAGCCAUUGUGGAGGAGUUCCUUAUGAAGCCUCUGCUCUCACUGAAUUCAGCCAGCAUCACAGCUGAGCUCUACAGGAUGAAGAGGAAACUGAUGGACAGUCCUUUCAAUCAUCAAGCGAUUCUUGUGGCAGACGGAUUCGUCGUUUCAUUCGAUGGACAAGUCUUGAAUAUACCACGUUCCUGUGACCUUGUCUUAGCUGCUGAUGUGACCAAGAACACAUUUGCAAUCACUUUAAAAUCUGAUGGAACAGAAAAGCGGCGUUCCCUCACGAUUCAACUGCAAAACACUACCGUUAUGGUCCGUCCAAAAGAACAGCAGAUGGAAGUGGAUUGCCGUAGUGUACACACACCCUUUGUUAAUCCUGAUGUGACUGUGACCAGAGAGCUGAACCUCCUUACAGUGUCUAAUAGAAGAGGAUUACUGGUGACAUGUGACCCCUCUCUAAGCACAUGCAGUGUAACUCUUGAUGGAUGGCUGCAUGGCAGAUCCAGUGGACUUCUAGGGACCAAUGAUAACGAGGUGGGAAAUGACUAUUUAUUGCCAAAUGGCUCACAGGCUCGCAGCAUGGACGAGUUUACGCAAGGAUGGAAUACGGGUUCAAACUGUGCGAGUGCGGAAUCUGAGUCCUGCACGAAUCACACGGCAGCCAACAUGUUCUGUUCGCUUUUCUUCUCCUCCACAAUGUCUCCUCUCAGCUCCUGCUUCAGAGUGGUAGACCCUGAGCAGUUCCUCAGCAUGUGUGAAAGGAGCCGGUGUGAUGCUGUAGAUGCUACCAGCAACUCUGUGUGCAAGCUGGCGUUAGCAUAUGUUCAGUUGUGCCACAGAAACUAUAUUCCCCUCGAGUUACCCAGACAGUGCGCAUAAGGAAAGACUUGAAGAAGCUGAAGAAGUUCAAACUAACAAAUAUUUCUUAAAUAUAACUACUUUUAACACUUUCUAAAUGAAUCGCCUUCGUGGCAUUUCUGACUUCUUCUUCUUUUAACAUCUGCAGCGUGAUGAAGACAAAUUUUCAGGUUUAACAAGCCUCCAAGUGACCUGGACAGCAUGCGAGCGUUGUUUUAACCAAAACCAAAACACAUAAAAGAUUUAUAUGCUCAAUAAAAAAAAAUGAAGCAAGGUGUGUACCCCAUAUGUCCGAAUAAGCAUGCCUUGUCCUUUUCUUUGGACUUGGUAACCACAGCCAGGAAAAACAAGUUGUAAAAUCUGA